AUGGUAAUAGCAAUGACAACAACAGGAGCGGCCAGAUAUCAGAGAGUUCUCAAUGAAAUCGGACCAAAGAUCAUCAUUGUAGAAGAAGCUGCAGAAGUGUUGGAGGCUCACAUUAUAUCUACUUUAAGUAAUAAAUGUGAACAUUUGAUAUUGAUUGGAGAUCAUAAACAAUUGGAACCAAAGCCUUCGGUAUACGAACUUGCUGAGAAAUACAACUUAGCAUUAUCCAUGUUUGAAAGAAUGAUUGAGAAUGGACUUGAAUUUAAUUGUUUGAUGCGCCAGCACAGAAUGCGUCCAGAAAUUUCAAACCUUGUGCAGGAUAUGUAUCCUGGGCUAGAAAACAGUGAUAGUGUUUUUAACCGCGAACAUGUGAUGGGCAUAGAAAAAGAUGUUUUCUUUAUCUCGCAUUCUCAUGCAGAAGAUCAAAAAGGGGAAUCACAGAGCUCUUUAAACGAGUUUGAGGCAAAAUAUGUAAUGAGACUAACACGAUAUUUAAUACAACAGGGCUAUAAACGACAAGAUAUCACUGUUUUAACCCCUUAUGCUGGACAAAUGUUUUGCAUACGAGACCUGAUGCCAAAAUCAGAGUUUUUAGGUAUAAGAAUAUCAAUCUUAGACAACUAUCAGGGGGAGGAAAAUAAAAUAAUCAUACUCUCUUUGGUAAGAAGUAAUAAAGAAGGAAGACUUGGAUUUUUAAAGAAGGAAAAUAGAAUCUGUGUCGCGUUGUCAAGAGCAAAGAUCGGUUUAUUCGUAAUAGGGAAUUUUCAGAUGUUCGAAAAAAACACACGCAGUUCCCACUUGCUUCGAACGGCUAUCAAUAAAAUGAAGACUACAAAUUCUCUCUGCGACGGAUUACCUAUUUAUUGCCAAAAUCAUCCUUCUACUCAGAAAACAUUAGCAAAAUCUCCAGAUGAUUUUGACAAGGCACCUGAAGGAGGAUGUACCUUACUUUGCAACUUUGAGUUAGAAUGUGGACACACCUGUACACGUCUAUGUCAUCCUUAUGAUAAAGAACAUCUAGAUAUACGUUGUACAUUCAACUGUGAAAAAAAGUGUGAAAGAGGUCAUAUAUGCAACAAAAUCUGUCACUAUCCAAAACAUUGCCGGUGUAGAGUUAAGGUAAAGAAAGUGUUGGAUUGCUAUCAUACAGCUGAAAUGGCCUGUUAUCAAGAGCCUUCAACAUAUAAAUGCCUUGAGGUGGUCAGGAGGACUUUAGAGUGUGGUCAUGAAGCAACUAUGCAAUGCUGGAUACCGGAGGAACAAUACGAAUGUCAAAUUAUUGUUCGUAGAAAUUUGACUUGUGGACACUCCGAAGACUUGGAGUGUCAUAUUGAUUAUGAGCGAUAUAACUGCAUGGAAUUGGUGAAAAGAACUCUUUCGAAAUGCAAUCAUGAAGUUGAAAUGAAGUGCUUUGAAAAUGAAAACAUAUUCAAUUGUCCAGUUGAAGUCACUGAGAAAAGAAAAGAUUGUGAACAUAGCUUCACCCGUAAAUGUUACAUCUCAAGCAUCUUAUUUCAAGUACAAAAUAAAUGUUGUGAAAUGGUCAAGAAAACUCUACCAUGUAAACAUUUUGUUGAGGUCGAAUGUAACGUAUCCAUAAAGGGAAUCAAAUGUCAACAUCUUGUAACUACGAACUUUCCAUGUCACCAUGACAAUGUUAUGGUCAAAUGCAGGAAAAAAGACUCAACAAAAUGCUCUUCUAAAUGUGGUUUGAUUUGUUCUAUGGGUCACGAGUGUUCAAAACCAUGCCAUUUCCCUGAGAAAUGUCAUUGUGAUAUCAUAGUAGAGAAAACACACCCUAUAUGUGGGCAUGUAAUAAAGGUUAAAUGCUCUGAAAAUAUUGAAAACACGAAAUGCUUCAAUAAAGUCAUAAAGACUCUAUCUUGUGGACACAAAAAGACGACUCUCUGUCAUAUAGACAUUUCUCAGGUAAAAUGUAAAGAGCUAGUGUUUAAAAUGUUGACCUGUGGUCAUGAAAAAGAAGUGAUGUGCCACAAAGAUGUAAGCGACAGUGAUAUUCAGUGCCAAGAAAACAUUCUCAAAAGCUUAAACUGUGGUCAUCGCAAAAUGAUGCAUUGCUUUGUUGACCCGCUGAGUGUUAAAUGUAAUGAAAUGACAGAGAAGAUGUUGCCAUGUUCUCAUCAGCAAGAAACAGAAUGUUGGAGAAAGGUUGAUGAAAUCAAAUGCAAUACUAAUGUUGAAAAAAACUUACCAUGUGGGCACAGUGCUUUUGCAUUGUGUUUCAAGUCGCCGAAGGAUAUAAAAUGUGAAGAAAAUGUGUUAAAACAGCUACCAAACUGUUGCCACACCAUGUGGAUGAAAUGUUAUGUAUCUCCAAAUAAGAUAAAGUGCAAACAGCAAGUUGAAUUCAUACAACCAACAUGUAAUCAUAUAAAUCAAAUUGCUUGCCAUGUGAACAAAUCACUUCAAGAAAAUGUAAAGAUGAAGCCACCACAAUGUACAUCAACCAUUUCUCGGAUUGAAUUAUGUGGUCACGAAGUGAUCAACCCUUGCACUAAUCCCUCGAAAAACACAUGCCGCAAAAAAUGCACAGUUCAAUUAGCAUGUGGACACAGCUGUACAGGCGAUUGUCAGAAAUGUAAAGGCGGGUUAUUUCAUCAAAUUUGCUCGGAAAAUUGCACAUUAAAUUGUGUUUGUGGGCAUAAAUGUACUGGUAAACAUUGCGGAAAUUGUAAACCAUGUGAAGAUAAAUGCAUGUCCAUGUGCUCUCACAUUACUUGUGAAAAUGUAUGCAGUAGACCGUGCAUUCUAUGCGAAAAACCCUGUGACUGGUCUUGUCCUCAUUUUUCUUGUGAACUGCCUUGCUAUGAGCCUUGUAAACGACCAAGGUGCAACAAAAAAUGCCCCAAAAUCCUCCCAUGUGGUCAUAAAUGUGCUGGUUUGUGUGGCGAACCUUGCUUAAAAACCUGUUUACAAUGUAAAAGUGAUGAUGAGUCUAAACAUAUCAUCAAGACAGGACUGGUACAACUCAGUGCAUGCGAACACAUAUUUCCAGCAUAUGAAUUAGACGCUGCUAUUGAAGCACAGAAAAUCAGUAUUUUGCAUGCGUUGAGGUGUCCUUCUUGUCAUUCAAUAAUAUCGUAUCAUCCACGAUAUAAUGAAAUUUUAAAGAAAAGAGCAAAUCUUUUAAACAUGAUAAAAAUCCAAAUUCAACGACAAAACAGUCCUGUGGUCACAUUUCCAAUGGUCUUCGGCGAUGGCAAGGAAUGUCGCCGGUAUCUGACUGAAUUUGGAACAUUUUUAUCAGCAACAAAACGAAAACUGGAAAAAAUGAAUAAAAACGAUCUUAGACGUGAACAAUUUUACCUAGAAAUAAUUCAGAAUCGGUUAUCCUCUGACGAAAUACAGAGCUAUCAAACGGUCAUCGACAUAUACGGUAGCAUUGAAGUUUUAAGUUGGAAAUGGAAAACCUUGAUUUUAAAGCUGGCUAAAAAUGACAUUAUUGAAGGUCUUACUGCAAGUGAGACCCCCAGCGAAACAAGUAUUGAAGAUGUACAUAUUUCUAAAACUGAUAAUAUACAAACACCAGCAGACAUUGAAGAGAGAUUUUGUUUACUAGGACAACUUGACAACGUACCCAUAGAUAUUUUCAUUACAAAACAGCACGAAAUAAAAUCCUUCAUAUCAGAGUUCAAACCGUUGCUGUCAUCACAAGUAAACACAAGAAUAGAGAAGGCUGAUAAUUUUCCAAAACCUUCAGGAUAUAUGGACUGCCAUAUUGACAGAUGGUCCGUGUGUGAAAACGGUCACCCCUUUUAUGAUUAUGAUCAAAAGCAGGCAUGUUAUAUUUGUCAUCAUGUGGAAUUUAAACACCCCUUUGCCCCAAGACCAAAACCAUCUCAUGAUACCAAUCAGAAAGGUGCUCGUCCUAAGCAGUUUAAACAGGACCAAAACAAGAAAAGCGUGUCAAAAAUGGAUACCACUGGUUCAAGUUAUUCUAAGGAAACGCGGAAAAAAUCUGAGCUAGUGAGUCGCUAUGAAGGAUAUGAAUUGAACAUUGCCAAAAGCGUGAGCCCUCAAGAACACUGGGAACAUGAAGGAUGGAGUGAUAUGUAUCCAGAGCAAACAAGAUUGCCGCCAAAUCGGUCGGUCACAGACGACUUUGAAUCUAUGAUUCGGGAUAUAACUAAGAUUGAUACACAAAAAUCCCACAAUUCCUCAAGAGGAAGCGAACCAGGCACCAGGGGUAAAGGACGAAAUAAACGAUUUAAUCAUAAAACAAACCCAUUGUCUACUACGACAUUACCCCGUGAAGAUUUGAGUGACUCCAGCAUUGAAAAUAAUCCGACCUCAGGGCGAGGAAGAGGUGGAAGAGGGAGGGGUAACCAGGGUAACCGGGGCAACCGAGGAAACAGGAGACGAGACGGACAGCGAAAAAAGUAGAAACAGAAAAUGUUGAAAUGAUUCUUUAUUCAAAUAUUGAAUUAAAACCUAAGUAAACAAAAAUACGACACAAAACUCUUAAAAUGACAGGGAUUUGUCCAUUAUAUAGAAGAAAAGGAACAUUCUUUAUUGAAAACAAUUUACAUGCAAAAAUAUACCGUUUAAAUGGUCAACAAAGCACACAUUUUUUUUGACACGAAAAUAUCAGUAUAGACGUCAAUAUAUUUUUCUUCAAUCUAACGGAUUUACAUUUAACUUAGCGAAUAGAUGUCGUUGAUUUUGGGCACAUUGCCCGAGCAAACAAGUCUUUUGAACUUGAUUGCACCAUAUUUAAAGAACAUUUUAAGAUACUAUAUUUUGUAUAGUUUACUUCAAAGAGCUUAUGUUACGGCUACUAUUAGGACAGCAACACCGGUUUCUGUUUGAAAUAUGAAGUUUCUAAUUUUAGUGAAGUUACUUCUCCGUUAUGCGUUUUAUUACACAAUUAUGUUCAAUGUUUCUAUAUAUAUUCUAUUGAAUAUGCAUAAUUUAUAGAUCGUAUAUUCUAUUGAAUAUAUGAGCUAUAAAUUAUGCAUCAAAAGAAUUCUGUAGGCUACUAAUAAAACAUGCACCAUACUAAUUGUAUUUAUGUAUUUACUGUCAUUGUCAAUGAGAACCUUGAUCAAUAUUUUCAUCGUUCAGUAAAUUUUCAUUUUUUAUGAAAAUAAAAUAGUUUGGCAUGAAGUAGGUUCAUUAAAUGUUGAUACGUACGUUCAGUUAAACGGAUUUCAAUUUUUAUUUUCACUUUGUUGCCAAAACAAGAGUUUAAUUUCUUUUCCAUUUAAAGCUAUUUAUGUUGGAUUAAAAUAUAAAAAAGUAUUUCUGGUGUUGUUUAGUUACCAUGUUACCAUAUUACUUAUUAGGUUAGUUACUGAC